UGAAAGCAACAUCACCUAACCUCAAUUUCACUGUUCAAACUCGGAACUUCAAGUCCCUCUCUCCCUGCCUCAAUCUCUUCUCUCUCUAACUUCGCAGAUUAGGGUUUCCUUUACGGCACAGUUUCUUUAUUUUCUGGGCCAAAAAUUUCCAACUUUCAGGUAAGGAGCUAAACAAAAUCUCUUGUGAUUUUAAUCUAUAUUUUAGUUUGUAAAAUCGGGUUGAAUUCACUAGAACGAAACAUAUCUGCAUAUUGUGGGAGAGAAAGUCAUGGAUGAGGGUGACGGAGGAGAUCGGAACGAAGCGAUCUCUGCCGUUGCUGACGAGGUUUUCUUAGGAGAAGAGGAUGACGACUACGAAGAUCUUUACAACGAUGUUAAUGUAGGUGAAGGGUUUCUUCAGUCUCUCCGCAGGAACGAAGAUGUGGGCUUUAGAAAUGGGGAAGCGGACAGGAAGAUCGAGUCGGCUGCUGAGUCUACGGGGAUUUUAAUCCCUGGGGUUCAGGGUGCCACUGAUGGUGGUGGUGGUGGUGGUGGUGUCGGCGUUGGAGAAAGUAAGUUUGAACAGGGUGUUGGUGCUUCGGGACCGGUAGGUGUUACUAGAGUUGCUGCUAGAUUAGAGGGCUAUCAGAAUUUAGGGUUUAGAGGCAAUGAGUUAGCUCCGAAAGGGUCGGCCCCUGUAUCGGCUGGUGGUGGUGGAAUGAGGAUUGAUUUGGGCCCUUCAUCCAGGAAAUUGGUUGAAACUGAAGGGCAGCAUGUUAAUAAUUCUAUGCCUUCUCAGGGAAUGACUCAACAAUCUCAGAUCGUAGGCUUUGGGAAUAUUGCCAAUGAGGGUUAUGUGAGGCAGGCAGGAGGGGCAGGGGCAGGGGCAGGGGCAGGGGCAGGGGCAGUGGGUGGAGUGGGUGGAAAUGCAAUUGCUAGUGGCGGGUCUGGGAGUGCCAGUGGUGGUGGCGGGACCAUUCUUUUUGUGGGUGAUCUGCAUUGGUGGACAACGGAUGCUGAGCUUGAGGCAGAGCUCAGCAAAUAUGGGGUUGUGAAGGAGGUAAAAUUUUUUGACGAAAAGGCGAGUGGGAAGUCGAAAGGGUAUUGCCAAGCUGAAUUCUAUGAUCCUGCUGCAGCAACAGCUUGCAAGGAAGGGAUGAAUGGGCAUGUCUUUAAUGGGAGGUCAUGCGUUGUGGCCUUUGCUUCACCAUACAGUGUUAGGAAAAUGGGAGAGGCCCAGGUGAACAAGAACCAACAGAUGACCCAGGCAUCUCUUCCUCCGGGGAGAAGGGGAGCAGGGGAUGUUGGAGGUAGAAGUGGUGGGAAUGCCAUUGCAACAGGUGGGAAUUAUCAAGGCGGAGAUGGGAGUAGAAAUCAUGGAAGGGGCAAUUGGGGAAGAGGUGGUGGCCAAGGAAUGGGGAAUAGGGGGCAAGUUGGACCAAUGCGAAACAGAAUUGGUGGAAUGGGUGGGAGGGGUAUAAUGGGCAAUGCUGGCAACGGAUUUGGGCAGGGGCUAGCAACAAACCAACCACUGUUGCAUCCCCAAACGAUGAUGAAUCAGGGCUUUGAUCCAGGUUAUGGAGCACACAUGGGGAGGAUGGGUGGUUAUGGAGGUUUCCCAGCUGCACCAACUGCUUCUUUUUCAGGGAUGAUGCCAUCAUUCCCUCCAGUCGGUGGCAUGGGUUUGCCUGGAGUGGCUCCUCAUGUUAAUCCUGCAUUUUUUGGGAGGGGCAUGCCAACAAAUGGAAUGGGGAUGAUGCCUACUACUGUUGUUGAGGGACAUGGAAUGGGAAUGUGGUCUGAUCCUAAUGCAGCUGGAUGGGCUGGUGAUGAGCAUGGUGGGAGGGCAGGAGAGUCUAGUUUUGGGGAUGAUGCUGCAUCAGACCAUCAAUAUGGAGAAGGAAGCCAUGAGAGAGGGGGGUGGCCUAAUGCAAUGAAGGAGAAAGAGAGGGCCUUUGAUCGGGACUAUGUAAUGAAGGAGAAAGAAAGGACAUUUGAGCGGGACUGGUCUGGAGCUUCUGACAGAAGGUAUCGAGAUGAUAGAGAACCAGGAUCAGAUAGAGAUUUACCAAGGGAUAAAGAUAUGGGUCAUGAUCAUGAUUGGUCAGAAAGAAGGCAUCGUGAGGAUAGAGAAACUGGUCGAGACCGGGAACGAGAUCGUGACCGGGAUCAUAAUAGAGAUGACAGAGACAGAUACUUGGAUCAUCACAGAUACAAGGACCGUGAAUCUGAACAUGAUGAUGAGUGGGACAGAGGAAGAUCUUCAAGGACCCACAGCAGGUCACAGCUAUCACAAGAGGAAGAUCAACGGUCAAGGUCAAGGGAUGCUGAAUAUGGGAAGAGACGGCGGUUACCCUCAGACUGACUAAAUGCUUUGAAUCUGUUCAGCUGGCUAAUGAAAUUCUGAAUUAUGUGGGAUCUUCAUGGUUAUUAAAAAUUUUAAGUACAUAAUUAUGUGGAGGUUUGUGGUCUGUUGAGAUUGCUGCCCUGUUGUACCAGUAUGGACUCCAUUACCUACGAUAUCUUGCUGAAGAAUAUUCUUGCAGAAGUAUGUUGAAAAUGUAACCUUGCUGUUGGGUUUAUUUGGGGAUGAAUGGACAAGUCUGGCUUUUAUGAAGGACCAAAGCUGCUUGACAAGUUGAACCUUUUGAUCAAAAAGGAAGAUGCUGUGCAGGAUUGAUCCGUUUGCUGUAUUAUGGAAUGUGUUGGAAGAAGAGGAACAACUGCAUGCCUGAAGUAAAGGUGUUAUCAGUUCAUGCGGUGGAGAGCAAUGGCAACCUUGUAACUUGGGUUUCAGUUUCCACUAUUGAAAGAAGUUGUGGGGGCCAGCUAUACAUCUUUUUUGUUAAAUCAGAAUGUAUACACCUAUGGGGAAUGUUAGGAUUUUUGGUCCAUCAUUGUAUUGUUAGGGGUUUUUUUUGUGCAUGAUUGUAUUAGGAUUUUUCAGGCCAUCAUUGUAAAUUCUGGAUGUAGUUCAUUUGCUGUUCCUUAUGUGUGAGCCUUUGUAUAUGGGGCUUGCCCCUUCCUAUCUCCAAUAUAAUUGUAUUCAUCAGUAGGAAAAGGAAGAUGGCUAGAAUGUUCUUGUAUCUUUCUUAUUUUAGCAUUUUGUAGUUCUUUUGCAGCUCCCUAUGUAUCGUUUCAACCUUUGUAUAUGGGCUUUGCCCCUUCCUACAUCUAAUACAAUCGUAUUGUUAAUAGAAAAAAAAAAAGAGGAGUAACUAUGAUUUGGCAUUCUGUCA